UUUACAUUAGAAACAAAUAUAGAUAGGGGUGACGGAUGCCUCUCCCUCUCCCUCUCCCUCUCCCUCUCGCGACGCCGCACCUCCCUCUCGCCAUAGCCGCCACCACCACAGAUCUGCCCCAGCGACAUGCCUCCACGCCGGCGAGGGGUGCUCGCGCUAGCAGCACCCACGCCUCCCCCACCUCAGCAGCAUGCGCCGGCCAUUCGCGAGGAAAUCCCAGAGAUCCUGCGGUUGAUUUCUCCGAUCCCACAGGCGGUGCUCAUGGCAUCCAGAGCCGUGGGGUGGGCGGAGCGCGCGACCAGGAUCCGAGACUCUACCUUCGAGUGGAUCCGGUGCGUGCAGGAGUGGAAAAUGGCGGAUCGGGCGGUUGCGGAGGCGACCACACCGGAGAUGAGAUCUGCGGCCAUGAGGGUCCCCGAGAUCCAACGAAGAAGGGCGGAUGUGGAGCAAAGGAGGCUAGCACGGAGAAUCUUCGAGGAGGCCACGCUGGAGGAGAGGGCAAGGAUGCCCCCGUUUCCGUCUUCCCCGCCGGCCGAAUUCGUGGUUUGGGCGAGGGCGGAAGCAAAGUCAACAGAGCCGCGGCGAGCCCCCCGAUGGGAGUGCAUCCUCGGCGUGAUUCCACCGAGCGCCUGAGGAUCGUUACAGGUGGGGUGGAUCUACUGCCUCGUCGUAGCGCGCUGGAGCCGCCGUGGUUUGGAGACCGCGGCGAGGUUCCGCCAGGAGACCAUUCGAGAGCUAACAAAGGUAUUUGUAUCCCAAAGGGACAGGGCGUGCCGUGGACAAGCACCCGUGCAAUCUUGGCAAGGAUCAGCUCAUCGCUACAUCAAUGGAAGAUUCUCUGUGUGGGCGACCAAUCGGUGCUGCUGAGAAGAUGCAUUCAACUCCUGGAUCGGCGAAGAGGCGAGCUGCUCAGGAUUGCGUGGGCAUUGGGCUGAGAGCUUGCGUGAAGAGGACCCGAGACGAGGCGCUGAAGGCUCAUUCAGAGUGAAGGAAUGUGCUGUCUUGGCCCGGGCGAGGGCUGUAGUCUGUCUGUUCUGUUAAGUAGGCACUUUCCAUUUCGGCAGUUUUUGCUGUAGCUAUGUCGCGCGAAUUUGAACCUUUUAGGCCGUAGU